CGUGCUUGCGAUUAUGAUUGCAGGCAAAGCACGGGAGGAUGAUUAAGGGGGGGCGCUAUGGGAUGCGUCAAAAAGUCUUCAAAGCAAAUCCAGACACCAUGAUUCUCCAUCCUUAAUGGAAGCACCAUGAUUGCUUCAUUAGUCAAAAGCCCCUUUCGCACGUGUUUAAGAGCACUCCCAGUUUAAGAGCACCAUGUGAAAUCGAGUGAAGGGAAAAAAAAAACAGAUUGUAGCUCAACUCUCUCAGAACCUCAGAAGCUCCGCUUCUGGCCUUAGCGAAGUUUCUUCCUGACUGAAAAGAAAGUUUCUCUGUCUCUGUUCCAGGACCAUCUUUUUUUUUCCUUUCAUUCGUUUCCUGGAAAGGAAAAUCUCGACUGGUAGCCAAAGUUUGGACUCAGUUUGGCGGGUAGUUACCAUUCCAGACUAUCUUCCCUUCUUCAUGGCUGACCUGUUGCUUUCAGCCUGAAGCACGUAGAAAUCGCCUUCGUUUGGCUGCUAUCUUUUUUGUGGAUGCCAAUAUAGUCCCCACUGGAUUGUCCAUCGUUACUUCCUUUUUUGUUGCUUCUCUUCCAGGAUGAGAAAACUAGCACACAAGCAAAUUUGUGCCCUCUUGCCCGUCAAAACACCAAAAUUCAGCAUUAGAGUGAUUGUUGCUACUCUUGUUUUUGCGGGUUUCACGGGUUCUGGUUUCCUUCCUCUUCCGGCCAAGAUUCCACUCUUGGCACUCUCAGCCGUUUUCUUUGUCGCAUCGUUCCUGAAGAAGAAAGCAGUGGACGAAAAUGGCGUCCGUCAUAAAAAUCCGGCACUUCACCACAUAGGUGUGGUUGACAAGCACUUCCGAGGCAAAACCCAACAGGUACUGGAAUCAGACGGAGAAAGAAUUGCUGCCCAGACGGUUAGAUUUCGGAAAGGAUCGCUCGAUUUUCCAGCAGGUGGUGAAAGUAGUGAUGAGUCGAUAGAAAGCGAAACUUUCGAGCUAAAUUUCAUCAGUUCUGAUAACGGAAGUUGCAGCCCACUGGUUCGUUCAAGCGAGGACAAUGAUGACGAUGAUGAUGACAGCAGCCUCAUUGAGAUCUCUCUACCAAGUAACGUUUGCUUGGGCGAUUUCCCGCCAAAGUCCAUUGUUGGGAAGCAGGAAGCGAAAGAGAUUUUGACAGAUGACGAAAUCAAUGAGGAAGACAAAUUGAUAGAGCUGGACAUAUCCAUCGGUUCCAUAAGGUGCUCGAAGUUCGAGAUUUGAGGCCUAGGCCAUGAUAGCAUGAUCAAAAUGUAAUCCAACAACCGAUCCUCCAUUUCUCAAAAUCAAAGUACAAGGAUGCUCAAUUU